UUCCACUAGAAGCCCGUCCAGCCAUCCUUGCUGUGGGCCUGGGUGACCUGAAGCAGCUUCCAAGAUGUCCCAGCAGCAACACACUCUGCCAGUGACCGUGCCUCCAGCCCUCAGCCAGGAGACCCUCAAGCCUGUUCCUCCUCCCGCUGAUAUCCAGCAGGAGCAGGUGAAGCAGCCAACUCCACUGCCUGUCCCAUGCCAGGAGGUGCCCUCUGAGCUCCCAAGGGAGGUCCCCUUGGAGCAAGGAGAGAAACACACAACUCCUGUGAAGGGGGUGCCGGAGCAAGACUGUGAGCCCCAGCCCCAGAAGCUACAGCAGCAGCAUCAGGAACAGCAGCAGCAGGAGGAGCAACAGGAGCAGAAAGGGCAGCAGCAGCAGCAAGAGGAACAGUGUGAGGACCAGGAAGCAGAAAACUUGGAGCAGCAGCUGGAGGAGACUAAAGCACGAAGGGAGCAACAGCUAAAGGAGCAGCUGGGACAGGAGAAGCUCCCGGAACAGCAACUGGAUGGAGAGCUAGCAAAGAGAGAGGAGCAACUGGAGAAGAAAGGAGAGCAGCUCCUGGAGCACCCGGGACAGCAGGAGAAGCAGCCAGAGCCAGCAGAGCAACUGGAUGGGCAGCUCGAGCAACCUGCAUGUGUCCCAGCUCCUGGCCAGGCCCAAGAGACCCACCCAGUGCAGCCACUGAAGGGAGAAGUCUUGCCCCCUGCAGAGGAGCAACAGCAGAAGCAGGAGGUGCAGUGGCCUCUCAAGCAUAAGUAACCACCCCCAGAUCCCAGAGGCCCUCAGGCCACUGCACAUAAGCGAAGAGAGAGCUGAACCAGUGGCCUCACUUACCUCAGGUCCCUCAGUCUGGAGAGCCCACCUCAUCUGUGAACCUGCCUGACCCUGUCCCCCUGCUUGUCUCUGUGAUAGAGUGGGAUGGGGGAGGGGGAGCUAUUACCCAGAACCUACUCCUGAUGACUCCAGUCCCACCCCAUCCCAACCUCAGGUGGCCAGAACCUCUGCCUGAGGACAGUUACUAUAGU